CGCGGAGCCCGCGCGCUCCCGCCUGCUGGGGGAGGGCGGGCAGGGCGCGCGGGGGGCGGGGGGGACCAGACAGGCCGCGGCGGGAGCUGUUUCUCUUUCGCUUUCCCGGGCUCGGAGGCGGGCGCGCCGGCGGGCCGAGGAGCGGCGGCGGCCGCCGGAUAUGGAAAAGGACCUCCAAAAGGAGUGAUGAUCAGUGAUCUGUGCUCAGACUGGAUGUGCAUGCUCAUGACUCAGGACACCUACCAAGAACACUGCGCUAGCUCCUGGGACCAGCCUCUCUCCCCCUUAGUGCUCCUCUUUGCCUGAACUGCUAAAGCCAGCUGACCACGAAUGGCUACCCAAAGGAAACACUUGGUGAAAGAUUUCAACCCUUACAUCACCUGCUCUAUCUGUAAAGGGUAUCUGAUCAAGCCGACCACCGUGACAGAAUGCCUCCAUACCUUCUGUAAAACGUGUAUUGUCCAGCACUUUGAAGACAGCAAUGAUUGUCCAAGGUGUGGCAACCAAGUUCAUGAAACGAAUCCAUUAGAGAUGUUAAGGCUGGAUAACACACUGGAGGAAAUUAUAUUUAAGUUGGUGCCUGGACUUCGAGAACAAGAACUUCAGCGUGAAUUGGAAUUUUGGAAGAAAAAUAAACCUCAAGAAAAUGGACAAGAUGACAUUUCAAAGGUUGACAAACCUAAAGCAGAUGAAGAAGGUGAUGAUAACCAAGAUGAUAAAGACUAUCAUAGAAGUGACCCACAAAUUGCUAUCUGUCUGGAUUGUUUACGAAAUAAUGGGCAGUCAGGGGACAAUGUAGUGAAGGGGCUCAUGAAGAAAUUCAUUCGAUGUUCUACACGAGUUACUGUAGGAACUAUUAAAAAGUUUUUAAGUUUAAAACUAAAACUUCCAAGUUCUUAUGAGCUGGAUGUGCUGUGCAAUGGUGAAAUUAUGGGAAAGGAUCAUACUAUGGAAUUCAUCUAUAUGACAAGAUGGCGACUAAGAGGAGAAAAUUUUCGCUGUCUGAACUGCUCAGCCUUGCAAGUCUGCUCUCAGGAUGGCACUUUGUAUCAGUCAUACCCUAUGGUCUUGCAGUAUCGACCAAGAAUUGAUUUUGGGUAGGCCAAGUGGCGCAGACUGCACUGAAUGAACCCUGCACUAUUUGUUUACUCGUCGACAGAUUGCGCAGUGGGCGGUGUGUGGACUUGAGAGACGCGAUCUGAUUUUCAGCAUGCACAUGAGGCCAUUGUCUGUCUCUAAACUGUCAGUUUCUUUCAUGUUGUUUCUAUUAGGAGCAAUUCAAGUGCCCUUCUGCUACUGACCGUCUGCAUAAGAUAUUCAUGCUGUCUCAGUGUGCAAGGCGCGGCUGAAGUCAGUUAGCUGUGCAGCCGUGACUCUGCUUUCUCAAUAUUUUGCUUGCCUGUUGCAAGAUUGUUCUAAUGUUAAUUACACUAGUAAAAUGGCUCAAUCCUUGUGGUGUUGCAGUUUUCACAUACUUAAUACUUUUAUUCUUGUUAAAAUAGAGUACUGUACAAGAACCUAGUAUAAUUAUAUCUCGAAAUUAUUUUGUAUAAGAAUAUAUUUAGAAAAGUGGUUUCUGAGCCACUGCCCUAUUCUUGGUAAACUUUUAUGUAAAAAAGAAUAAACAACCAAAAAAAAAAAAGAAAGAAAACCAAAAUGCCAGCUUCUUCUUGAGUGUGCAAGUCUUUUGUGAAGAAUUCCAGUUCUUUUUUGACCAGAGCACAUUGCAGUUGGGGAUGUUCUGAAUGUCUGGGCGGUCUACCAUUGCACAGAAAGGCGCGGGAGCCCUUCACGUUGGAACACGUGUGACUUGGACAGCUGAGCUUCAUAAUGUCGGCAGCUGACCAUAUUGACUUCUAAUAAAAUUAAUGUGUGAGUACAUUAACGUUUGUUACUGUCUUAGGGCAAGUGGGUGUUGCGUUACAAACCUGCAUUCAUUGUGUAGCCCAUGUUCUGUGUGCCUCAUUGCAUUGUUGAUGUCAUUUUAUGAAAGCAUUUUUCUUUUAAGUUGGCCUUAGGCAUGUGUCAUGGUAUGCAGUGGGUUAUUGUAAAGUGGUUUUAAAUACCGGGAUAUUUAGAUAACAUUCGCUCUUUGAUGGAUUUCCUAAGUCCCGAGUUACCGAUCCCGAGUGUUCACUGCAUAUCACAUUUCCAAACCAUAUACACAGAACAAAACAAACAUUGGGUGGUAGAUAAAUACAAUAACCAAAAUUAGUGGUUUGGGGACACUUUAUUCUAGAGACUGUAGUAACCAGGCGAAGAGGGAUUAUUGUUUAAACUGUGAGUUCAUUGUAGGUGAGUGUGUUAGAAGUCAGAACUAUGAUGAUGUCCUUGAUGUUGGCAGUUUAGUUAAGUCUUCCAUUCAUUUUGAAAUUAGCCUGCAAGUCCGAGUCCUCUGUGACCUUAUUACAUGAAAACAUGUUAGGUCUUGUAAAAUAAAUAGUUAUUUCAAGAAAGAAAACUGUGGAGCAUGUCUAUUGGUUGUUUUGAAAAAGCUAAGUUCUGAGAAGUAGGGGGAAAAUUAAGAAAAAUGACUUGUUUUAGAAAUUAUGUAAGAGCACUGUGUUUUUUUUUUAAUGCUGUGAACACAGGUGAUCCACGUUUUUUAGUAAAAUACUUCACAAGCGAAUGCUUUCUGAAUUCCAAAGUACUUCAUAGAAAUAAACAUUGUACAGCUCUAAGAAGUACACAAAAUAUAGCUCAGUCUUGGUGUCUUUCAUAAUAUAAAAGGCUGAAAGUUUAUGAUUUUUUUUUAUAUUUUUUAAGUCAAAAAAAUCUGUAUUAAAGUUUGCUGCAUUGGAAGGCCACAGCAGAUUUUUAAUUUCAUCUUUUUCUAAUGCUGUUUCUAGAAGAACUUACUAGCAGGAUUUAAGAGGCAGUUAAUUUACUCUAAAGUUUAGAGAAGACCAUUACACUUGACUAAACACCUGAAUUUAUUGUCUAACUUCAGGAAUUAUUUUGCUGUUUUGCAAAACCCAGUUCCUAGUUUAUCCCUCAGAAAAUUUUAAAGAUUCUGCAGUUUGUCACAUUUAGAUAAAUGUGUUUUACAUAUGAAGGUUAAUGUUAAUUGACAUAAGUCAAAAUCAAUUUUGAAAGCCAUACACUAAGAUUUAGCUGUUUGGCUCCUCAACCAAGCCUUGAGGCUGUAGGUGAAUUUGUAUACAAAGUCUCUUUACAUUUUGCUUGUUGCCUGAUCACAUGUAACAACUAUUUUCUUUUUUUUAUUAAUUACAGUUUAUUCACUUUGUAUCCCAGCUGUAGCCCCCUCUCUCAUCCCCUCCCAGUCUCACCCUCCCUCCCUCCCCUCUUCCUGUACCCCUCCCCUAGUUCCCUGAUAGGGGAGGUAUUUGACCUUAGCCUUUCAAGUCUCAUCAAGGCUGGUUGCAUCAUCUUCCUCUGUGGCCUGGCAAGGCUGCACACACACACACACACACACACACACACACACACACACAGGAGGAGGUGAUCAGAGAGCCAGCCACAAAGUUCAUGCCAGGGACAGCCCUUGCUCCCCUUACUAGGGAACCCACUUGGAGACUGAGUCUAUGAGCUAUCUGAGCAGGGGUUUUAGGUCCUCUGCAUGCAUGGUCCUUGGUUGGAGUAUCAGUCUCUGCAGGGGCCCCAGAGCCCAGUAUUUUUGGCUCUGUUGCUCUUCUUUUGGAGCUCCUGUCCCCUUUAUCUCCCCCUUCUUUUAUAAAAUUCCAUGCACUCUGCCCAAAGUUUGGCAGUGAGUCUCAGCCUCUGCUUUGAUACCUCAAGGCGCUUUCUCAUAAAAUCAGUAACUAUUUUCUGAGGGAUACAUAGGAAACAGGAACCAGAAAGCAGUUUUAUAAAAAUUCCUUUAUUUAAUGCCACUGCAUUGAUGUUUUCACUGAGAUGCAAUAAUAGACUAUGUGCCAAAGCAUACCAUUAAGGACAUCUGACAUCAUAUGGGAACAUGAGUAAUGGGGUGUUGCUAGUGCAGUCCGGCUUCGUCAGCCAGCCUCCUCUGGUAUAUCAGCCAGCUGAGGACCACUUGCUUGUCUGGUGUGGCCUGCCCCGAGUUCCCACUCAGUUGCCCUUGCCAGGAACCUGCUGUAGGAAACACAAGCAGGCACUGUUUGUGGCCAGCUUUACAGCUAUAGGGUUAGUUAACAACAACAACAAAAACCCAAUUUAAAUAAUUUGCAGGAAUAACUAUUUGAAUCUAUAAACCCAAGAAUAAAUGAAAGCUACUGUUCAACCUGCUAUUUCUUAAGCAAUAAACUAAAGAACUUUACUCCAAAAAAUAUUGUGUUACCAGUUUUACCUGCCUUAAAAAACAGAUAUUAAAGGGCCGUGGAAUCUUGGAUAUAAAGAAUACCUGCUGUCUGUCAUAAGAAUCACUUUAAAUUGCAGUAAUGACAUCAGUUAAUAGAGAUAAAAAUGUCCUUUUUUCUAGCUUAAACUAAAAGGCUCAUCGAAGAGGCUACAUUAAGCCUGAGGUUUGGGUGACUAAAGUAAUGUUUUUGACAGCUUUUAAGUUCUUUAUUCACUAAGCAUAUACCACCUUGUGCAGAUGUGGUGAGUUAGCACAAAGGUUAAUUGAAACUGAAACCUUAAGAAGAAACAGCUGUGUUAUAGACUAUGGUGAGCUGUUAAGUCUCACUGUUAAGACAGUGCCUUGCUGCCGAAGCGCAGCCCUGUUGGAGGCUCCCUGCAUCCGGCUCUGGUCAGCUGUACCUGUCUCAUGGUUUCCUAUCCAAAUGGGCACUUAAAGCUAAAAUAAGAGUUUUGUAAGAACAUAGACAUCACCAAAGACAUUUUACUGUUGUGUGUUGGAGGCGGAGUGUAGCCCGAUUGUAAAGAGGCAGUACUAGCCUUGACUGGUUACUAAAAUAUUACCAGGGAGGGCACUGCAGGAAGUGUUCUUGGUAGGAGUCAGAUGUGUCUUUCUUGCCACAGUCAGCGUAUUUCCCUUCAAAUACGUUCACUUUUUUUUUUUUUAGCACCAUCUGGUAGGUCUUAGAAAAUCCUCAAAUAUGAGAAAAAAAUAAACAAUACAAAUAUCCUUUCCGUGAAAAUGGGAAAAAUACAAACUUAUAAAAGAAAGUUGACAAUUUCCACUUCAAGAAGCUUUUUAUCCCAUGGAGGUGGUGUGAAGGAAAUCGGGCCUGUUCAGCUCCACUGAAGACAAGCUUUAGUAGAAGCACGGACAGGCCCGCCUGUGUGGAACACAGUGCCGUAUAGGUGCAGACAAGCCUGUGUUGUACACAGCACAUCCUACUGGAUUGACAGAAGUGGUUUUGCUGUUUGUAAAAAAGCGAAAUUCCAUAGGGCUCGUGAUUGUUUUGCUUUAAAAGUGACCGCUUCUCAGCAGGCACUUUAUGGAAACUAAACUUAGCCAUGGGGCCAAAUUCUGACUAAAUGGAGCACGGGAAAAUGUCCCAGUAUGCUGUUCUUUCUUUGGGGUUGAUGAUCUGCUCCUCCGCUGCUGCUGAGGUUAAGUCAGCCUGAGGUAAUCCCCUGCAGAGUGGCAGAGUGAGCCCCAUCCAAGCCCCACCAUCCUGUGCAGUCUGGGAGCAAGCACUGCACAGCUGAGCCACACCCCUCAGCCAGUCCUCUGAAGAAGUAGGCAUUCUCUAGAAAUCUAAGCUCUAUACCAGUAAAAUAUCGGUAUGAAUUUGCCAAAACCUCUUUUCUGGAUUAGAAUCAAAAACUUGAAAUGCUGUUAACCAUUGAUUUCAGUGUGUAAAUCUUCUGGAGAGCAAUAAGGGACAGAAUCUGUCUGCUGGGUCUGGUUCAUGAAAAGUUGAACAGUUGUCAAAUGCACUAACAACUCAUAUGCCCUUCAAAGCCCAGAAUCACCAGUUGUUGGAUUUACUUGAGGAGCUCUGCUCAAGUGUGUUUUUUCAUCAAAAACAUGACAUUAAGAUUAAAAAAAAAAAAAAAAAAAAAAGCAAAAAAACCACAAACUGCCCUAGACAGUAGGGACUUUAUUGUUUGAUUGUUAAGCUGUAGUGUUUCUCAGGUCAUUUGAAACUGCUUCUCUUCCUGGAAUACGAUUUUCACAAAUAGUAAGUUUACUGGCCAUUAUGUUAUGUUUUCUAGUGGGAUUAAAAUGAUUGGGCACUUCUUCAGAAAAUGAUAAAACUUCAAAAUAAUUGCUUUAAAUUCUUGUGCAAUUGUGUCUAUCCUCAAGCCACUCUUCCACGAUCCAAAACAGCAGUUUUCCAGAAAUAUGUUUUUUUCAUCUUAAUUGUCUUUGAAUCUAGAGUCAGAUGUAACAGAGUAUGUUAAAUACUAGGCCUAGUUUUUUUUUCUGUCUCGCAGCAGUUACUAGAAAAGGAACCAGCUGUAGCACAAACGAAGACUAACCAGUGUAUUGACAUAAGUCCAGGAGCAGGGCUCUUUUCUGCACGUGCACAUGUUUUUUGGAGAUGUUUGGAGGUCAGCCUGGCACUGUUGGAGACCGGUUCUCUUUUGCUGUCUUUUUCAGAAUGGGAUUGGGGGCCCUAAGUGUCCUUAUGAAGCUGUGGUCCAGGACAAGAGCGUGGGGGCGGGGGUUACAUAUUCCUUCACUUUCCUGUGUCUGGCAACUCAACAGCAAUCAUUUCUUAGAAUAGCCCUCAUGGUUAUUGAAUCUAGCACAGAAUAUAUUGUAAAGUUAUGUUGCUAAUUUUAUUUUGAAAUAUGAAAUAUUUUAAGCUUUUUGUCAAAAGUGGUAACAUCAUACUACAAAUAAAAACCUUUUUGUGGUUGUAAGAUUUAGCUUAUGAAUCAUUCAAAUUGAAGUGAAAGAAUUACCAGGUCAUUGUUAAUGACUUAGUCUAUUAAGAAUCUAUGUAUUUUUGUAAAGGAAAAGCACUUGUAGAUAUUUAAUCAGUGCAAGAUCAAUGUCUGUUUUGCAGAAAGAAAAUGCUGCUUAGAGAUUCUCUUUAAAUAUUUUUUAUUUUUGUGCUUAUAUGUAUUUUCUGUUGAUCUAUGGAGUGUUCUGUACAAACUGUAUAACUGUACUGUUAAGCUGGAUACAUUUUUUUUUUAAUUCCUGGCUUAGCCAUGUAUAUUUGACCAUGUUGAAAAUAGUAUCUUUGUUAUUAAAUUUUUGAUUGCA